ACCAAUGGAGUGAUACCAGUGGAAGAAUCGUCCAUCGAAUCCAAACCCGUUUGGGAAAGAAACCUGCAAAUGAAACAAUCCGAACCAUCCUCAGUCAGAUAUGAUCAAAAUUCAUCAUUUGUCUCAAAACAACAAGUGAACUGUACACAAGAGCAAUCGGUAGCAACGAUACGAGAUCCCCUUAACUCGGAUAUAACGAAUCCCUCCUCCAUCAGUCCUGCAAACACACCGAAAUGUUCGGCUCCAAUUGUACCAAUUGUUCAUCAUAAAGGUGUACCGAAAGUACCACAAAAACAACAAAGUUUAGACAAUUCGGUGACGAAUCGAUAUGUGCAGGAAAAGAAUGAACUGGAGGAGAAAUUAGCAAAACAACGCCAAAGGAAAACUUCUACUCCGAUAGUAUCAGAGGAUGUUCGACAACGAAACGCGAUAUCUGAAGAUAGAAUGCCACCGAAUUCGCCUCCAGCCAAUUCUGCUAUUUUGAACGGUGGUAGGAGAUCAGCAUUCACCAAAGUAGGCAGCGCACCGCCAAUUGCGAAAAUACCAAACGAAGAUCAUGUCUUCAUACCGAUCUGUCCGUCAUCCACCACAAAAGUACCGCCACCUCCACCGAAAAAACCCUCAGUGUCUACAAUGGUAAGUUUAUCCGAAAGUUAA